AUGACAGACAAGCUGCCCCCCAACCUUCUGGCACUCUUUGCGCCGCGCCCACCCUUGCGAUGGGUGCCUGCGCCCGACCACGCUCCUCAGGAACGCAAGACGCAUGCCAUCACCGGCCUUGGCGAGUACCUCCCGGCGCUCGCGGCUUACAAGGAAACGGAUGUAUAUGUGCCCACGGAGAGUUGGCUUGAAAUGCGCGAUCGCAAAAAGCUCGAGAAGAAGGCGAAACAGGAGCAGCUGCUUGCCGAACCUUACAAAUCAACCGAGGACCAAAACAUCCGUGGCGAUCCGUUCAAGACUUUGAUUGCAGCGCGCCUGAGCUACGACGUCAACGAACAUGACCUCGAGAAGGAGUUCGGGCGAUUUGGACCCAUCGAACGCAUCCGUAUCAUCACUGAUACCCAUGCGCACGAACGGCCCAAUAAGAAGAAGAAGCCGCACCGCGGAUAUGCUUUCGUUGUGUUUGAGCGUGAGAAAGACAUGAGAGCUGCUCUAGAUGGUUGCGAUGGUAUCCGCAUCAAAGACCGCCGAAUCAAGGUGGUGGUCUGGGUGGCCGAGGUUAUACGAAAGCUGCAGCCCCUCGACCAGCCGGUCAGGGCGGAUUUGGUGGCGGCUUCGGCGGCCGCGAUGGGUUUGGUGGCCGCGAAGGCUUCCGAGGAGGAUUCCAAGGAGGCCGUGGACGCGGAGGAGGCUUUCGCGGCGGAGAUCGUGGGGGUUUCCGAGGCGGCGGAGAUCGUGGAGGCUUUGGCGGAGGUCGCGAUCGUGGCUUUGGUCAGCAAAACGGCUAUGGUGCCCCUCCCAACGCUCCAGCUGGCCCCGGUGGUCCUGGUUAUGGUGGUAGCGGCGGCCGUUUCGGAGACCGCGGUGGAGGAGACCGCGGUGGUGGAGGAGACCGAGGUGAUGACCGAGGCGGUGACCGUGACCGAUAUGGCGGUGGGUAUGACUCACGUGGCGGCCGCUCAUAUGAUGACAGAUCUGGCGGACCUCGUGACGGAGGCCGUGACGGUGGCAGAUUCGGCGACCGAGACCGACGAGGCGGUUCCAACUAUGAACCAGUUCGCGGCGGACGAGACUUCCGCGACAGCGACCGUUCCAGAGACGACGACAGCCGCAAGCGUGGAUACGAAGGCGGCUACGAAGACCCGCGAAAGCUCCGGCGCUACUAAGUGUGCUCUUAUCGAGACAAAGGUGAUUUGUCUUGGUGGGUAUCUCAUGUCUUCAGUAUUCCACACCUACUUUCCGACUUUCCUUCUGCCUUUCGCCACCAAGGGUAAGCAAGGGUAA